AUGAAGAGACUCACACACUCGCGUUUUCGUCUAUUUGCCGACACUGUCUUGCCAAAGACAUCUUGUCGGCGCUUAGGUUCUCUUGCUGUUGUUUCCAGUAACCCGGCAAGCAACUGUCUGAUGCACCGUCAGCUUUCCCCGCACCACCGCGAUUGCCGCAAUCAUGUCUCGUCAUUCAAACAUCGUUUAUCGAAAAUUGAGUUCUUACGCUUGUUUUCUUCAUCUUCUGUGUCAAUGCAGGAUUUUCACCACUUGACUAAGAAAAACACAGAAGAACUUGACCAUCUAGAACGCACUGCUCUUGAGCGUCUGAUUUACGAGUAUGCCUCAUUUGAACUCGACCCAAUCCACUUGGAAGACCUUCUUGCUCUUGGGAAGCCUCCCAUCUCUGAAAAAGUUCUAUUAGAAAACGCUGCCUAUGUUCUUCGCCAAACCACAGCUCGUUUAGCACACCGUUUGCAGGCCCUGCGCAACCUGCCGUACCUGAUUGUGCUCAACCCUAGCAUUUCUCAAAUCUACUCCAUCUACUUCAACUCCUUUCGAGUUGUUUCCCAGAUCAACCCACCUAAGACUCUAGAAGAAAAUGACUACAUUGUAGAGAUUCUCGAGCAACUUGUAUCAGCUCACACAGAUACAAUUCCUAUUCUUUCUCGCGGGUUCUGGGAGGCACGCCAGUACAUUUCGGCCGAGGAAGUGACGUCGGUUCUGGAUAAACAUUUGCGCGCACGCAUCGGGACGCGAAUGCUUGCCGAAAAUCACAUUGCACUGACGCGGCCAAUUGAUCCCGCGCACUUUAUUGGGGCUGUUGAGGUCGACUGCAACCCGGCAGCAAUCCUUCAGUCAACUGCAACGUUUGUGGGCGACAUUUGUGACCUCAAGUAUGGGUUGGUGCCACACAUUGAAUUUGACAACCAAAAGGGCCAGGCUGUGACAAUUCCUUAUGUGCCUGUGCAUCUCGAGUACAUUUUUACAGAGCUGCUUAAGAAUGCUUUCCGUGCAACAGUAGAGUUUACUCAAAAACAAUCCCAAGAAGGAUCACUGUCAUCCGAUUUGAACUCUGAUAAGGAUUUGGCCUCGCAGCUUCCCCCAGUUAUGGUGACCAUUGUCAAGACCUCGACUGGCGUCAUUAUCCGGAUUCGCGACCGCGGCGGUGGUAUCCCUCCUGCGAUUGAAAGAAAUAUUUGGGACUACUCAUUCUCAACGUUUGAUGACGGUGAGGGUGACGGAUUUGCAACUCUAAACGCUGCACCAGGUAACUCCAUUGCUGGGCUGGGCUACGGAUUACCACUUUCACGCGCAUACGCUGAGUUUUUCGGUGGAAAGCUUCAGAUCCAAUCCUACUUUGGCUGGGGCACCGAUGUCUACCUGACAUUAAACACCCCAAAGAAGGCCUAA